AUGUCUUCUUCUCUCGUCUCCGCUUCGGCCUCGGCCUCGGCUUCUGCCACCCCUCUCAACCACGCUGCUGUCGCAGCCAACAUCCUGGUUAUUGCUAGAGAUGCUGCUUCCGUUGGUGUUGCUAGCUCCGGCCUCAAUGCCUACGGUAUUCCCUUCACCGAGCUGAUUGUUCCUUCCACUGGUGUCGCUCUCCCUGCCCUUAACGGAACUGCCGGUGGAAACUUUGGUGGUAUUGUUGUUGCUUCUGAAAUCAGCUAUGACUAUGGUGCCUCUGGAUACCAGAGUGCCUUGACCGCUGAUCAGUGGAGUCAGCUGUAUGCCUACCAGCUUGAGUAUGGUGUCCGUAUGGUCCAAUACGAUGUCUAUCCCGGCCCUGACUACGGUGCUACCGCUCUUGGUGGCUGCUGUGACGGCGUUGAGCAGCUCAUCUCUUUCAGUGAUAUCAGUGACUUCCCCACCUCCGGUCUCAAGACUGGUGCUGGUGUCAGCACCAGCGGUCUCUGGCAUUACCCUGCUUCUAUUAGCAACACUACAUCGACCAAGGCGAUUGCCACUUUUGCUGCCACCACUGGCUUCGAUACCGAGAGUGUCGCUGCCGUCAUCAACGAUUUCGAUGGCCGUCAGCAGAUGGCCUUCUUCAUUGGCUUUGACACUACCUGGAGUGCUACUUCCAGCUACCUGCAGCACGCAUGGAUCACCUGGAUCACCCGCGGUCUCUAUGCCGGCCACCGUCGUGUUAACCUGAACACUCAGAUUGAUGAUAUGUUCCUCGAGACUGACAUUUACUAUCCUUCUGGAAAUACCUUCCGUAUUCGCCCAGAGGACCUGGAAAUCGUGGCUGCCUGGACCGACGUUAUCAACGCCAAGAUGCCCGCUGGUAGUUCCUACUACGUUGAGGUCGGUCACAACGGUAACGGAAACAUCGAGAACUCUUCCAACACUGAUGCUGGUUACGUUGCCUGCAAUGACGGUGCCAUCGAAUACGACUCGCCCAUCGACACCCCUCUUGAAUGGAUCAAGCCCCUUGGUACUGGUACUGACUUGUGGCCCACUACCCCUAAGGCCUACGACUGGACAUCUACCUGCAGCAACAUGGAUGAGCUCCUCAUCUGGUGGACCACCGCUGCCAACUUGAACAAGUUCGGUCACAUCUCCCACACCUUCACUCACGAGGAGCAGGACAAUGCCACCUACGCUGAUAUUCUGCGUGAGAUUACCUUCAACCAGGCCUGGCUUGCUGAUGUCGGCAUUGACAAGGCUACUCACUUCACUGCCAACGGUAUCAUUCCUCCUGCCAUUACCGGUCUCCACAACGGUGAUGCUCUUCGCGCCUGGUGGGAGCGUGGUAUUACCCAGUGCGUUGGUGACAACACCCGUCCUGCUCUCCUGAACACCGACAACGUCAUGUGGCCCCUGUUCACUACCGUUGAGAACAACGGCUUCGCUGGUAUGCAGGUCAACCCCCGCUGGGCUACCCGUAUCUACUACAACUGUGACACCCCUGCUUGCACCCUCCAGGAGUGGAUUGUUACUUCGGCUGGUAGCGGUACCUUCGACGACCUCUUGGCCACUGAGAAGGCUGACACCAUGCGUCACCUCUUCGGUCUCUACCACGAAGGUUACAUGUUCCACCAGGCCAACCUUCGCAGCGCUGACGUUGACCCUGUCACCAUUAACGGCGUCAGCGGCCAGUACAGUAUCAUGCAAGCUUGGGUUGAGACCCAGGUUCAGGAGUUCGUCCGUCUCGCUGACUGGCCCUUGAUCACCCUCACCCAGCAAGAGUUGUCCGCCUCUUUCCUUGCUCGUUUCAACCGUGACAAGUGUGGAUACUCUCUCAGCUACGCUACCAGCAACAGCCAGAUCACUGCUGUCACUGUCUCUGCCACCGGCAACACUUGCACUGAUCCCAUCCCCGUCACCUUCCCUGUUGCUCCUACCAGCACCCAGGGCUUCACCACUGAGCAGCUCGGUUCCGACCCUCUGACCGUCUGGGUCCAGCUUACUGGCUCCCCAGUCACAUUCACUCUUUCCACCCCUAUAUCUUUCUAA